CAUCUGAGCGACUGUCAAGCCAGAUCACCUUCCUGGAAGACUCGUAUAAUUCAACAUACUGUACUGUAUUCAUCAACAGUGUUACUUUGACCCGUGACCAAGUCAACAACCACGCGCAACGCGCCAUUUGAGCGCCGCCGAGUUUAAGUUUCGCCUCCACCGUUCAAAAAGCCUUACCAGUUCACAUUUUCAAGAUGCCAAAAUUCUUCUGUGACUAUUGCGAUGUGUACCUAACACACGACUCGAUGAGCGUGCGCAAGGCCCAUAAUUCGGGAAGAAACCACUUAAGAAACGUGCUGGAAUACUACCAACGUACGUCCACGUCCAUGCCCACGAUCAUCAACCAUCGAAUCGAAUAACUCACCAGAAUGCUAGAAAUCGGCCAGGAGAAAGCCCAAUCUGUCAUCGACUCCAUCACCUCGUCCUAUGCUGCCGAAGGCCAGGCCGUACCCAACCCUGCAAUGGCUCCCCCAGGCGCUUUCCCUCCCCCAUUCCCAUUCCCCGGACGUCCAGGCCAGCUCCCCCCUCCUCCCUUCGGCUUCCCUCCCCCAGGAGGAGCAAACGGUGCCCCAGGAAUGCCUCCUCCCCCAGGAGCAAAAGGCCUCCCCUUCCCACCCCCAUUCCCUCCAGCAAACGGCGCCCCAGGCAGCCUUCCCCCACUCCCCAACAUGCCCGCUGGAGCCGCCCCCUUCCCCCCUCCCCCCGGGGGGUUCCCCCCGAACUUCCAACU